UUUUCAAUCAUCUUUGACGCUCUGACACGGAUGGAGAGUGGAGUGUGGAAACUGCGCAAACUAUCCCCAGAUCAGGCGCACUUCCUUCGGGUUUAAAUGAAGUUAGAUGCGGUUUUCUCCAGCGGUGGUGACUCUGGACCUCAACAAGUAGAGAAGAGCGGAGGAGCUGACAGCUGCAUUGGGGUCCGGGCUGGAGGUGCAUGCGGGAAAAGACGCACUCUGAGCCGGGAAGAUGAACAGCGGAGGCUCGGGGAACUUUCUGCUGGUGCCCAUCCCGGAGUAUCCGCUUCUAGACUGCGUCCCCAACAAGACAGUGAAGCUCGCGGUGCUCGGAGCCAGCAGCGUGGGCAAAACCGCUCUGAUCGUGCGGUUUCUCACCAAACGUUUCAUUGGAGAUUAUGAAGCCAACACCGGAGCUCUGUAUUCGAGGAAGUUGCCCCUGGACACAGAGGACGUGUCUCUUCAGAUCCAGGACACUCCCUGUGUGUCUCUGCAGGAGGACGACGGCUUGUACUGCCAGGAACAAAUCAACAGAUCUAUUUACUGGGCGGAUGGAUACGUGUUUGUGUUCUCCAUCACAGACUACAGCAGUUACCGCACGGUGCAGCCUCUUUACCAGCACGUGCGCCGCAUCCACCCCUCCGGAAACAUCCCCAUCAUCCUGGUCGGGAACAAGAGCGACCUGCUGCGAGCGCGACAGGUGUCCGCUGACGACGGAGAGACGCUCGCCACCACGCUAGGGGGAGUGUACUUUGAGACGUCAGCGCGAGAAAACCACCACAGCGUCCACAGCGCCUUCCUGCAUCUGUGUCAAGAGGUGAUCCGCUCCUUUGGUUCUGGAAACGGAGAGAAGCGCCGCGGAGGGCUUCAUUUAGCACGACCCAAGUCUCCGAACAUGCAGGAACUUAAGAGGAGGUUCAGACAGGUGCUCUCGUCUAAAGUCAAGUCUGCACCCACGCUAUGAUCCAACACGCAACCAAAAUGUGCCCAGAACAUAGCCAAAAACGGACCCAAAACUCACCCCUCUGAACUAAAGAAAAGGUUCAGACAAGUGCCCUCGUCUAAAGUCAAGUCUGCAACAACGCUGUGGUCUGAAACACAACAGAAAGGCAACCAAAACUCACCCAAAAUGUGCCUAGAAUAUAACCAAAAACUCACCCCUCUGAACUAAAGAGGAUGUUCAUGUCUGCCUCCACGCUGCCACCCAAAAACAAUCAAAGCUUAACCGAAAAGCACUCAAAUCUUACCCAGAAUAUAGCCAAAAACUGACCCAAAACUCCCUUAUCUGCUGCAGUGAUGUAGUGGGGAUUUUUGAAGUGGGGGUGAUUCGUGACGUCAUCGAUGUGACACCUCCCCUCAGAAUGGUGUGGAAUUAUGUUAUUAACACUAACGCCAUUCAGAAUCACCUACAGAGCAUAAAGCACAGGAUGCAACACCUG